AGACAAUACGAAACCCUCAAAAGGUUUCGUACAAAACUUUGGGUGACUAAAAUUGAUUGUCAUUGACUCAGGACACUUUUUCAAGUUUUUCGAAGUGGUCUGUACUGAACCUAAAAUGGUUCAGAGAAUUGCAACGAACUCGAAACCCUUUUCGGUUCCGUACUAUGUACGAAACCUUUUUUCGUUCAAAGUACCUUUUUUGGUUCGGUAUCAUACCAUUAUUUUUCAGUGCAUUUUACUGGUGAACGAUAUGCAAAAUUUAUUCGAACUAUUUUAGCACAAAUAGCAGCUAAAGAAUUAGGUGAUUUACAAAAUGUUAUUUUUCAACAUGACCAAGAGCGUAAACAAAGGACAAAGGUGGCUUUGAAUGCUGUUAAGCGUGUUUUUAUCAAUCGAAUUGAACCAAAAGAUUGUGCUGCAAAACUAGCUGAUGUUUGGCUUAUAGAAAACGUUUGGGAUAUAUUGAAAGAGAAAUUGCGAGGACGUGAAUACAGUGAUAUUGCAGAAUUGAAAAACGACAUUAAAAAAGAAUGGAAGAAAACUAUUGUUUCUUUAUGUCAACGAAUAAUAGAUAAAAUACCAGUACGAUUAAAAUUAGUUAUUGAUCAAGAUGGUAAUCAAAUACAAGAACAUUGA